UGAAAGCACAGACCACCUAAAACAUUUCUAAAAACUACAAUUAUAAUUAUUAUUUGGAUGCGUAAAUUAUUGUGUAUAUAUUGCAGGUGCCGAAAUUACCCGAACAAUGCCCUGUUUAACGACAAGGUUUCUGAUAGGGAUAUCUAUAUCCACACAGUUAAGUUUGUUUGGAAUUGUAGAAACAAAUCCAAGAAAGACAUGCGUGUGUACAACAACAUUAUCGGCAAUAUCUUCCUCCCCGUCAUCAACUGAGACAUCGACAUCUCCUUCCAUGACUAAGAGUUUGACGUCUUCAGCUCCUUCCAAUACAUCGACCACGACAUCAACAUCUUCCAAUACUUCGAGCACGACGUCAACAACUCCUUCUAAAACAUCGACCACAAUAUCAACAACUCCUUCCAAUACAUCGAGCACGACGUCAACAACUCCUUCCAAUACAUCGACCACCACAGUUCGUUCCAAUACAUGGACCACGACUCCAACAACACUUUUGUAUACAUCGACCACGGCUCGAACAACAACUUCAAAUUCAACGACCACGACUCAAAAAACUCCUCCCAAUACAUCGAACGCAACGUCAACAACUCGUUCUAAUACAUCGAGCGCGACGUCACCUACGCUUUCAAACACAUCCAACACAUCGAGCGCGACGUCAACAAUUCAUUCCAUUACUUCGACCACGACGUCAACAACUCUUUCAAAUACAUCGAGCACGACGUCAAAAACUCCUUCCAAUACAUCGAGCGCGACGUCAACAACUCCUUCCAAUACAUCGACCACGACGUCAACAUCUCCUAUCAAUACAUCGAGCACGACGUCAACAACUCCUUCUAAUCAAUCGAGUACGAUGUCAGCAACUCCUUUCAGUACACCGAGCAUAACUGGUAACUCUUUGGGGUUUCGCGGACCGGACGGGGUCUGUAUAUGUAGUUCAACUUUAGAACACAUAUCCUCCACUUCGAAUAAGAAUGAAUCUGCAAAAGUAUUAAGCCUAGAUAAAGUGCCAGUAAAAGUGCCGCUUGUUGUUAGCAUCAACACAGAUUUUAAAAAAGAACUAUUGGAUAAAUCAUCGAUGUUGUAUAAAAAGUACAAGGCAGAACUUAAAUCAAAGCUUGAGGUCACGUAUAAGGAUAUGGAUGAUUUUCUCAGAGUAGAUGUUCUAGGAUUUAGCAAUGGAUGUAUUGCAUGCGAUUAUGUAGUUGUUCUUCAACCCGGUAGUGUAUUGGAAGACACAGAUAUACAGAAUAAAACAGAUUCGUUAAACUCUGAAGAAAUGUUCAACAUAUCUAUGCAAACAGAAAACACUUCAGUAGUUACAGCUUACUCAACAUUAAAUUUUCCGCCAUCAUGUUUGAAAGAAGGUUGA